AUGCCUCCGGAGCCCAUUGCCCUCGAUAGCUCGGAUGAGGACGAAAGGAGGUAUCCCCUCCGCUCGGAUCGCCGCAAACCAAAGCGCGAAUACGAGUCCGACAGCGAAGUAGAUGAACUCGAAUCCGACAAAGACGAUGAUCCGCAACCUUGUGCUGCGCCGCCUACGCGCAAAUCGCCGGUGCGAUCGGCCAAGCCCAAGUCGGCCAGAAAGCUGAAAAAGGAGCGGAACCAAGCCAAGAAGAAAAAGAAGAAGCUGCAACGCGAAGCUCGCGAAGCUCGCGAAGCUCGCGAAGCUCGACAAGAGAACAGCGCUGUAGCUGCAGAGUCUGCUCACUGCCCUACGCCACGACCCGGCGACGGCGACGACAUCGAUGAGGACGAUGACGAACACUUACAUGGCCUGAUCGUUCCCUCCAAGGACGCUCGUCGCAAAUCGCCUGUGGAGCGCGUCACCGAAGCGACGAGCGAGGACGAAGUCGAGCUGAUCGCUUCGGAACCGCCCCGGCCCGAAAGCGCUUCGGUCCCACCAGAGCGUUCGUCCGCUCCCAUCACAGCCGAUGAAGACACAGACAAGCGUCCGCCCAACAGCGCCGCCUCGGCCCCUCCCACACUUGCAGUCCCGCGUGCUGAUUCUGCGCCGGCUCCCGGAGACGAGUCCAAUCCCGUCGCGAUCGACACGUCCUCCCCACCCAUGGCUGCUGACGACGAGGCCGUCGAUGAUGUUCCCGAUGACGCGUCCGUCUCGGAUAUCAGCUCUGUGACCUACUCUGACUCGGAAGAGUACGUCGAGGGCGAAGAUUUCUACACGAGCUCCGAGGGAUCUCUGCAUGGCUCGGACAGCGAGGAGGGGCUCGGCUCGUGGACCAAGCGCGAUCAGGACAAGUGGCAAGGCUCAACUGCUCACCUCGACGCGGCCUAUGACGACGUCUACGAAGUGCGUGCGGUCCUUCGACACCGCCGAAACCCGCGUCGCGGCUUCAUGCAGUAUCGCACCGUGUGGGCAGGCUACCCGAUCUACUCGACAACUUGGGAGCCGGAGUCGCAUUUCAACAGCAGGCGAACCCUCGACGAAUAUUGGCAGCGACAAGGCGGGCGUCCAGCUGACGCUCCGUACGACCCCGCGAAUCACUCCACGCAUGACUCGGAUACCGACCGUGCCGUGAUGCGUCGACCGCGUCGCCGUGCUCACGAGGCGCUCAAGAAGAAGCGCCGUGAAAUCAGGCGUGACAAGGUCGACCUUCGCAAAUACAUGGCCUCGCUCGACCACGAACGCGCCGAGAAGAAGGCAAAGGCGGAGCGCAAGUUCGAGUUGUGGCGCCGCGAAAAGCGCGUCGAGCUCGAGACCGAGCGGACUCGCGAGAAGGGCACCUCGCGCAGUCACCAGAAGAGGUUGGAGAAGCUCAACAAGAAGCGUUGGAAGCGCGCCGGCGGCGCCGAUGGCGCAGGUGCUGCGGCUUCAGCCCGCUUCAGCGCAACCCAUGCAAACCGCAUCAUGGCGGACAUUUCGAUGAAGGCGCGCGCCGGCCCAAGCGUUUCGGCGCGAACUCGAGUCUCCCAGCUGGACGACAGCAUCGCCGAGAAUGACGACAAUCAGCUAGUCUUCCGAAAGUCGGCCCCGGGCUCUGGUCCAAACUAUCCUGGGCUUGCAGCUUCCAUGUCCGGCUCCAAUCGACCCAGGCCGGGUUCUACAUCCGCGCGCCCUAUUGCAGGGCCUUCCUCUGUCUCCAGGCCUGCCGCCGCCUCGGGUUCGGCGUCUGGCUCAAAUAGUCAGGCACCGCCUCCUCGUCCCCCUCCCGGCAGCUACAAGGGCCAGCACCAUCGCGGCCCCAGGGUGCAGAUCAAGGAGGACAUGCACAGCUUCCUCAACAAGCUCCACAGCGAUGUCGCGCGGAGUCGUGCAGCACAGGAUGGCAAUUCUCAGGCCGUCCCAGCCCCGACCGACUCGGACGGUCGUCCAAUCACGAUGAAGCGCAGGCCGUCCGAGGCCAAACGCAGCAACCUACUCGUCCUGCAGCCGGUCAAGGACUUCCAGGGCGGCAGCAGGCCUGCAGCGCCGGCCUCCGUCGCGCACGUUUCACACUCGACGUCUUCGGAGGCUGGAGAUGACGGAGACAAGGAGCCAUUCGACAUUCCCGAGAUGAGCGCCGUGCGUGGUCAGUUCAAUCCGCACCAGCCGGCUCCAGACUCGGAUGAGGAGCGCAAGCGGGCUGCCGUACCUAAGAGGGACAGCCUCGCGCCACCUGUGCCUCAGCAGAAGGGAAAGCAGACCGAGGAUCCUCGACGCCGUCUCAAGGCUCCCUCCGCUCCGAAGCGUGACCAGCACGCGUCUUGGUCGCCGCCAGGGGACGAUGCAGGCUGGAACCCUUCCGGAUGGGACAUGGACCCCGGCCCGGCCUUCUCGCCGCGCGCGUUGACGCCUCGAUCGCCGCUCGAAGGCGAAUUCCACCAUCAUGGUCACGGCGCGCCGCGGGCUCCCGCGCCUCAGUCCGUGUUGGCACACUGCUGGUUCCAGAUCGUGACAGACGGAACGUUUGGGCUGGAAGGAACGCUGUGCUCGCACGAGCCAUUUCCGAGCGACCGAGCCCAGGCUCUCGGCCUCGCGGAUCGCGUGACGAUCCAGUUCGAUCGAGUCAUGCCGUUUGCGUGUAUUCGCGAGGUUCUGGCCGGGCCCGAUAUCGCCUGGCACGAAGCCAUGGUCCUAGGCGCGCAGGGACCUGGCGCCAUCCGAGAUCGCGCACAUCUUGAUCAGCUUUCUGAAAGGCUCAAGGUUACCGACAUGGCUCUGCUGUCUGCUGUCCCAUCUCCUCGCGCGUCCGUGAACGCGGAAGGCUCUGCACAGCAACAGGAGUAUCUCGUCGCGUUUUCGAGCAAAUACAGCAUGGACCCGGUGGCCGGCGUGCCGCACGCGCUGCAGAACAUCAGUGGUCACUCUGCGACCCUCUGUGUGAUGCCUCUGCGGCUCAGUCUGGUUUCGGCCCCAUCGCAGCUGCUCGCGUUCCGAAGGCAGCCGCCGUUAGACUCGACCAUCGCCAGCAUCUUUGACACUGCGGUUGGCAAGCGGUCCAUCGAGGACAUGAAGAUCGGACGCAGCGAGGUCCGCAAGGUGAAGAGGGCCGCUCAGCGAUACGGGAUCGUGCCAGCGCUGUACGAGGGCAUCCGCAGCCGCUUCAACGUCUUGUUUCUGGGCCACAACCCGCCCGCGUACGAGAAACGCAUGUUCUACUACUUGAUCCGCAUCUUCGAGGGCGGCGUUCGUCUGAAGGUGGACGAGGAGAAGGACGCCAAGCUGUACAAGGAUCCUAAGAUCGGCGUCAACGUGUUCGUGCGCAAUGCCGCGCUGAAGGAGAUUCUAAGCACGGAUCAGGAACAGGAACUCGUGCUCGCGGCGUAUCUGCGACGCUUCAAGCGAGUCCAGCGCUGCCAGUUCUGGACCUUUGGCUUCUCGCCCGAGGAUCCGGAUGAGCGCAUCCGCGAACUCUUCCCGGGCCACAGUGGACUGGUGUCGUUUUCGAUGUCUGCGAUCCUCGCGGACCUUGUGCGCUCGUGUACGGAGGAGAAGCGUUCGCAAGACAGCGAGGAGGGCCAGCUGACGCAGCAGACGGAGAAGGGAUUGCAAGAGUCGAUCUUGUGCAACACGCAAGACCAUCUGCCGAGCCAAUGGCGAGUGCGAUUGCAUCCGUGGAUCAGGCCUUGCUUCAGACUGCUCGCGGACCAUCUCGAGCCGGUGUGCCGUGCGCUCAAUCUCGUGGGCGAAGACGACGAGUUCCCGAUCGAGCUGUUCCUCGAGCUGGACACAAAGCUCGAGGCGGUGUACACGGCGGCGUGGGUGGAGGAAUGGUCGAGCGACGCGAUCCACGGCCUGCCGUUCGAGGAGCCCUCGGAGCUGCCAGACGAGCCGGAGGCCUUGAUCAAGCAGAUCGACGAGGAAGUGUUCGCAACGCUGCGCGACAGCCAGCUUGCCAGCAUCCGUGACACGCGCUUCCACGUCAUGGUAUCGGGCUCACAGGCGGCGGACGAGCGGGACGAGACAGAGUUGGCCGGGGUCGAGGUCGUCAGCCUUGCCGAUUUCGGCAAGAACGCGUGUUCCAAGCUCGCUGCCUUCCCCGGCAAUUGA